CUUUUAUUUUGUCAAUACGUUUAUAGCUCAGGAUUAGUUUAGUUAAUAAAAAAAAACAGCACCACAUAUCAAUAAAAUUAAAAUUACAUUUUAAAAUUUUAUUUAAAAUUUUGAUUUUAACGACAUUUUAUAAGACAUCAUUAAAUAAAUGUUUUUUAAAAACAUUAUUAUUAAGAAUAUUAAUUUCAAAAAUUUUUAUGUUAAUAAAAACAAAUAAAAUUAGAAAUCGAAAUAUUUAUUUUUCAAAUGUGAAAGUAGCCAAGUUAUUGCAGCUGUUUCCUGUUUUGUUGUGACGAAAUUUGAAUUUUUGUGCGGCCGGCGGCCAUGUUGUGACGCAUUGGGUUUUGGCGGGUAAUUUUCUAUACCGCAUUGCCGCAAGCGCUUCCCAUCCCUCGUUGUGGGCGCCGCCAUGACAGUUGUACCAAAACACACGUGAAAAGGAGGGGAGCUGGCGUCUGGCAACGCUGCAUCCGUCUAUUACAAAAAGAAUGGAAGCCACUGAAACGGGCAGUCAUUUUUGAAAGCUCCACACAACUGUCGUGACCAGUGUUCAGAUCAAGUCGAACAGUCUCGCGUCGCAUCAUUUACGCAGUCUGUUCAACGCGUCAUCAUGGAUCGCGAUAUUGAAAUGGAAGAGAACCAUUGCCGCAUAGCACAGCGGUUGGAAUUCCCAUUGAGUGACGAAGAAGAUUUGCAUGAGGCAUCCUCGACUACCGACCGGACUUCUAGCAACAUUUCAUCAGAUCGUCUGGACUCAUCUGGAAGUGAUGAAGGCCUUGGAAUGACCAUUCGGAUAACCAGUCCUAGAAAGCCAAGGUUUCUUCGAACCAGAGCCAGAGAAUCCAUGUCUCCCCCUUACAGUGGAGUCCGGGCUCUGAGGUUGUUUGAUUCCCCGGCAACUCCCAAAACUCUCCUGGAAAACAGUUCAGCUAUGAUUACUCCAGUUCUAGCUACGCCUGCACCAAGGAACAGGAUGAGGACCCUAUUCAACAUGAGUUCUGCAAAAUCAACUGAUAAAAAAGACAACUUGGACACUCCACCUGCUGCCAAUGUCAACCCAUUUACACCAACUGGAAUGCUGUUGACUAGCAAGAAGAGAACCAGAUCUAAACGAAGUCUCAAUGGGUCGUUAGUGAAUUCCUUUGACGAAGAGGUCCAUGAAGCAACCGAUGAAUCAGACGAAGAAUUGCCCCCGAAAAGGAUUGCUCUGCAUCAAACUAGUGUCCCCAGAUACCACAAGGAAUUCCAUGAGAUCUGCCUGAUUGGAAAAGGAGAAUUCGGUUCAGUGCACAAAUGCCUUAACAGGCUCGAUGGAUGCACCUAUGCCGUCAAGAAAAGUUUGAUGCCAGUAGCUGGAUCCCCGAAUGAACGAUCUGCUCUUAACGAAGUAUGGGCUCACGCAGUCCUUGGCCAGCACCCUCAUGUUGUUCGCUAUUAUUCGGCCUGGGCUGAAAAUGGUCACAUGAUCAUUCAGAACGAAUUCUGCAAUUCUGGCACCCUCGAAGAAUUGAUUCGCACUAAUCAGCAAAACAAUGUCAUAGUCAAUGAACCGCAAUUAAAAUCGACAUUGUUGCAGAUUGCAGAAGGAUUACAUUACAUUCAUUCCAAACAGUUGGCCCAUAUGGAUAUCAAGCCGGGUAACAUUUUUAUCUGCCGUGAGAAUAUCGACGACUGCUCGGUUCACCACGACAGUGACGAUGGAUUUGACGAACUUGAUGACGAUUACGGAUCCGUGACGUAUAAAAUUGGAGAUUUGGGUCACGUGACGUCGGUUGUGCAGCCAAUCGUGGAAGAAGGCGAUUGCCGUUACUUGCCCGUCGAAAUCCUACAGGAAAAUUACGACAAUCUAGCCAAAGCUGAUAUCUUUUCCCUGGGUCUUACAAUCUACGAGAUGGCUGGCGGUGGUCAACUACCAAAGAAUGGUGACGAGUGGCACGCGAUCCGACAGGGCCGUUUGCCAUAUAACGGCCGGUACUCUAUCGAGCUACACAAUCUUCUGGAGUUGAUGAUCCACCCCGACCCGACCUUAAGGCCGUCGACCCAAGUGUUGACACAGCACCCCGUUUUAGGGCCAAACGGUGCCAAGUCUAAAGACCAACUAAGUCGUGAACUGAAUGCCGAACGACUAAAGAACCGACAACUCUCCGAGAAACUUCAAGAAGCCGCUCGUCAUAUUCAAAAUUUAAUGCCGCUAUCGAGGUUUUCUCUUGAGGAAGUGCCAGCUCCGAAAAUGCCUAAGCUCCAAAUGAACGAACCUUGUGCAAGACGACUCUUGUUAGGUCGGAAGAUGAACAGAAGUCUAAGCAAUGCUGACUUCUAAAAAAAAAGAUAAUUAAAAGCAAACAAAAACAUAAAGAAAAAAAAAACAAAGAAAAUAUUAUAACGACUUCUACUACGUACAUAUUUCGCCAACGUGAAAAGCUGAACGUUUAUGCAUUGGAAAAAUUUCAAUCGUCAUUUUCAUUUUUAAGAGAUUUUUAAAAUAUCAAAAUUUGAAUGUUGAAAUAGAGAACAAAAGAUACUAGCCUUUUUAAGCCCCGCCCCUUCGCACGGAAAGAGUCUUGAGAAAAAGUUGGAAUUGGAGUGCCUUGUGUGUUAAUUUGGUUCGCGCUGUGAUUUGCUUGUCGUUAAUCAGAAUCUAUAUUUCUUAUUUGAGUCCUAAGUGGGACCAUCCCACUUUUUUCCCCCUUAUUUUUGCUAGAGCACUGCUAAAAAGUAUGGGCAUCUUUUCACAUUUCAUUCCGUUUUUUUUUUGUACGUGUGCGUGCCUGUGUGAAUGUUUCGUCUAAAUAACCCCCACGCCCUGUCUCUCUGGGUCUGUGUUAAUUUUUUUCCCUACCUGUCUUCAGCUGUGUUUCAUGUCGAUUGUAUUGUAAAGAACAGGGGAGUUUUAUUACACGACUUAUUAUUGCCUGGAAAA